AUGGGGACUGCAUUUAACAGGCUGAUUCCCACGGAGAUGGCAACCCAGCCGGUCGUGCACAGUGUCUCUCAGCGACAGAGACAGACCAACAUGCCGCAUCGAAUCUCCUCUCUCCCCUGGCUGUCUCUCUUACUGGGCACAUUGAGCGUUGCUCUGCCUGGCUCGCAGAUCCAAGGCGCCAUCGCAGACUAUCCGACAGCCACCGUGCGUGCGAGCCAGCACUCCGGCUCAGAAACCGUCUUUGUAGGCCGUUCUUUACCAGAGUUUGACCAGGAACUGUUCCUGGGGAUUAAGUAUGCAGACCAGCCGGUUCGAUUCACACCGUCGAGCUUGAAAAUAUCCUAUGCUGCCAACGACAGUAACUCGGGCCCCUUUGAUGCCUCUGGGGCUGGCCUGGCUUCGUCCAAGGGCACGCUGCUGUACAAUGCCACUCAAUACGGGCACGAAUGUCCCGGCUACGGAUCGGACGAGACGAAGCUGGUCGAUAUGAGGCUGAUUACCCUGAAUGAAGACUGCCUGAAUCUCAAUAUCAUUCGUCCUCCGCGGAAAUCCGAUCACGAGGAAUUGCUUCCGGUGAUGAUAUGGAUCUUUGGAGGUGGAUGGCAGCAGGGGGCUACCGCUGAUCCCAGAUAUAACAUGAGCUAUAUUCUUCAUCAAGGAGCUCUGAAUGGCAAGCCGGUGCUUGGUGUCUCGAUCAAUUAUCGGGUUGCUGCUUUUGGAUUCCUGGACUCGGAGGAAGUUAGGGCUACCGGCAAUAACAACCUGGGUCUACGGGAUCAACGGGUCGCCAUGCGAUGGGUCAAGGAGAAUAUCAAGGCCUUUGGGGGUGAUCCUGGCAGAGUUACAAUCUGGGGAGAAUCUGCAGGCGCCUACAGCGUUGGAGCUCAUUUGGUUGCCAAUGGUGGUGACAAUGAGGGUCUUUUCCAGGCCGCAAUCAUGGAAUCUGGUAACGCUGUUGGACCCCCAUGGAACGGCACGGACUGGCAUCAGCCGAUGUACGACCGCAUCGUGAACAAGACUGGUUGCUCGACAUCCUCGGAUACACUCCAGUGUCUGCGAGAAGUCCCCUAUGAGUCCUUGUACGACGUGGCAUAUGAGGGCCUGGAAUGGUUCGCCGCCAUCGACGGAUCCUUUAUCAAGGAGUAUCCUCAGAUCAGUUACACUCAAGGCCGACUGGCAAAAGUAUCCAUCCUCCUUGGAUCCAACACGGACGAGGGCACCAGCUUCGGUACUACCGGGACAAACACCGACGAAGACUGCAUUAAUCAACUCAUAUCGUCGAAACGCUGGGUCCUAACCCGCGAAGAAGCCACACGCCUUCUCACGUACUACCCCAACGACCCUGCCCUGGGAUGUCCCUACGGCUGGGGCAACGUGACAUGGCCGAAGCUGGGACUGAUGUACAAACGGUACGAAUCAAUGGCAGGCGAUCUAGCCAUGGCCGCACCAAGACGGCUGCUUGCGCAGACGAUGGCCAAGUACACGAAACAGGUCUACUCUUAUCGAUGGGACGUGCCAGCCCUGAACACAAGUAGCACCAUUGGCGUCGGACAUUUCGCAGAGAUCCCAUUCGUCUUUGCGAAUCCCGUGCAGAACAUUACACCGCUGGGAACUGAUCCCGCCCGUCUCGAACUGGGCAACAUGGCCGCUCGAAUGUGGACGUCCUUUGUGACGGACCUGAAUCCCAAUGGACAUGGAGUACCGCGAAUUCCGCAAUGGCCCAAGUACACACCAGGAAAGAAAGCGUCAAACUUUGUCUUCCGGUUGCCCAGAAAUGGAAGCUAUGUGGAGCGGGAUGACUACCGCUUGGAUGGGAUGGAUUAUAUCAAUAGUAUUGCACGAUAG